AUGGACAAAGACGAGAUACAAACCAGUCAUAUUUUAAAAGAAAAUGCAAUUAAUGAAAAACAACAAAGAACCAUAUACAAUUUCAAGAAGAGUUCUGCUCUGAAUCAAACAUUGAAUCACAUAGCGCAGAAAGAAACUGCAUAUAAACUUGAUCACUCAUCCAAACGAACGCUCACAAAUUAUUUGCAACCAAAAGAGACGGAAAAAAUCGCUCCAAUGAAAUAUGACAUUGCUGAUGUUAUGCCAUACUUAGACAGACAGACAAAGGCAAAAGUGAUCACAUUGAGCUUGGCAAGUGGCCCUUAUAUGACCCGGUUUACUGGAAAUGGGUCGCAUCUUGGUAUAUGUGGAAAGUAUGGCCACAUCGGUGUGAUGAAGUGGAAGCAGCAAGAGUUAGUCUCUGAAUUUGUAGCAAGUGAACAAUGUAAUGAUUUCACCUUUCUCCACACGUUCCACAUGUACGCUGUCUCGCAGAAAUAUCUUCACAUCUAUGAUGAUUCGACCACUAACCUCCAUACCCUGAAACAAUUCUACAACCCUAAAUAUUUGCAAUUUUUGCCGUACCACUUUCUCUUGGCUAUCGACUCCAUUCGAGACCAACAGCCUGUUCUCUCAUGGCUUGAUGUUUCGAUUGGAGAAAUAGUAGCGCAGCGUUACCCCAAAUCAAUUGUCACCUCAAUGGUACAAAACCCGUACAAUGCAGUGAUCAUCGAAGGGCACCGAUCAGGUGCAUUGACGAUGUGGACCCCCAAUAUGGAAGAACCGAUUGUUGCAUAUGCGACAGGUUCUGAACCAAUUACUAAACUUGCUUCAACACGAGAUGGCAGACGAUUAGCGAUGACUAUUGGGAACGAUGUCCGAUUUUUCGAGACACGAAUGUUGAAAGAAAACACAUCACUCAGAAUACCAUGUGAUGAGGUGGUGAAUCGCGUUGCCUAUUCUCAGCGCGGGUUGUUGGCGAUGAGUCAUGGGUCUGUUGUUGAUGUUUAUAAUGAAAACUUGCAGUUGGUAGUCAGUCAACGGCCAUGUUUGUCGCCAUCGGACAUGGUUGCUGAUAUUGCGUUUUGUCCAUUUGAAGAUUUCUUGGCUGUUGGGAGGUACAAGGGUGUAAGCACGUUGCCGAUUCCAGGUUCAGGUUCGAGUGCAUUUGAUAUCAGAGAACAAAACAUCUAUGAAGGGGAACGUGCGUUCACUGAAAGAGAAGUCCGCAAUUUGCUUGAAAAGAUCCCUGCGGAUAUGAUAACGAUGACCCCAGACAUUGUCGGAAAGAUGAGAACCGACAAAGAAAAAAAUUUGAUGGAAGACAUGUUCGUUAAUGAAAUGCGUACUGAACUUGAACAAGAAUCUAAACUUCAAAAGGACCUACAUGUUCAAAAGGUGAAAGGAGAAACACGACCAAAAUCGAUGAAAGAAAAAAUUCUUAUCAAACGAUUGAAAAAGUUUGAAACCAUCAAAAAUGAAAGGAAACUUUUGGAAAAGCCAACUCAACAAUUAAGAAUGUACAGAGACCCAAGAGCCCCACAAAAACCAGUCGAACAAUCUUCAGCACUUGAUAUCUUUGGAAAGAGACAAAAACAGGCCGAUUUUGUACAACAAUUGAAGGUAAAAGCUGCAAAAGAAAGCAGUUCAAAACCACUUUCCCUUGACAACACAAAACACUAG